UCACACUCUCAGCCCAGCAUGUCUCUUACCAAGGACACCCGACUUACCUUACACGAUGGAAACACCAUGCCAGUUAUUGGCCUGGGAACGUUCGCCUCGGCCGAUGUACCAAAAAGUGAUGGAACAGAGGCCACCAAGUUUGCAAUUGAUCUGGGUUACCGCCACAUUGACUGUGCCUAUGUCUAUGGCAAUGAGGUUGAAAUUGGUGAGGCCAUUCGCUCAAAGAUUGCGGACGGCACAGUGAAGAGAGAGGAGAUAUUCUACACUGGGAAGCUUUGGUGCUCAUUCUUCUCUCCGGAUUUGGUACGUCAAGGGCUGGAGGCAUCUCUGAAGGCUCUGCAACUGGAUUACCUGGACCUGUUUAUAAUGCACUGGCCAUUCUCACUAAAGCCAGCAGAUACACACAACACUCAGCCCAUUGCAUUUGAUAAUGUGGACUUUUGUUUGACAUGGGAGGCGCUAGAGCGGUGCAAAGACGCAGGGCUGGUAAAGUCUAUUGGGGUGUCCAACUUUAAUCGCAGGCAGCUGGAGCGGCUCCUCAGCAAGCCAGGGCUUAAAUAUAAACCUGUCUGCAACCAGGUGGAGUACCACGUGUACCUAAAUCAAAGCAAACUCCUGGAAUACUGCAAGUCCAAGGAUAUCGUUCUGGUGGCCUACUGUGUCCUAGGCUCGUCCAGAGACAAGGACUGGGUGGAUCCUAGCUCCCCGGUCCUGUUAGAAGACCCAGUACUCAGGAGCGUGGCUGGCAAAUACAAUCGAUCUCCUGCAGAGGUGGCCAUGCGCUUCAUCCUUCAGAAGGGAGUGGUGGUAUUGGCCAAGAGCUUCAACCCAGCUCGCCUGAAACAGAACCUGGGGGUAUUUGACUUUGAGCUGAAUCCUGAAGACAUGGACACGCUUGAUGGACUCAAUAGGAACCUCCGCUAUGCAAAAUUAACAGUAAUGAAACAGCACCCAGAAUAUCCAUUUCAUGACGAGUAUUGAGGAGGACGGAUUCGGCCUUGAGACUUGAGUAGCCUCUCGAGAGUUGAGGAAGACCUGACCUAAGGCCAUGGCAAAGUUCUUAGAAAGUUAUCACAGAUCAUUUUAUCCGUUGAAAAUCAGUUCGAUGUUCUGGGUGAAGAAUCAUAUUCAUUAAACCAGGCCUUUGGGAAUGGCUUGAUACAAAGAGAAGGAAUGUUCUGGGCGCAAUGCUCUGUGCAGUUUGGAGGGAUAAACAAAGCUUUUCCCAAUCCGUUGGUUUAAAUAGCAACAAAUAAUUUCAGAUAUUUGAACAAGGGGCCCAUAGAGGGAAACAAUGGAAUGUCCAUGUGUGCAGCCAAAUACAUUCCCCCCCCCCGGGGUAUCUGUUAAACAGACAUGGCUUUUAUUUUAUUCAGGUCCGUGUUACAUAAUGAUUAUCCCAGCUCUAAAGAGAUUUAGGGACAGUAACAGAACAAGGAGUUCCCGGCCCCCCCAUCCCACCCUCCCUCCAGAAGGACACUUCAGGCACAGUCCAGACUGGGCACACUCUGAUCCCCAUCCUCCCACCGCUUCCUGUUCCGCCCACUUCCUGUCCUGCCUCUGCCCCACCCACAUCCUGCUUCUGCCCACCCACUCUGCUCACUCCGGCCCGACACGUUUAAUGUUAAUAUGUAACCUCAACCUACAGUCUUCACUAGGAUUCUUUGCUAUGUUGGAAAGUAGGAGGCAGAAGGUGCAAUCUAACCAUAUUUACCCCUCAAUCAUUCAGACCUGGGGCAAAUGAAUCUUCUCUUCGCUCAAUCCCCAACCAUUAUACCCAUCGCUUUUAGUCUUUGGAGCAAAAUAACUAAGCUGAGAGUCACCCAAAUGAAAAAUAGCCACAUACUCAUCCGGUGGUACAGUUAUGAGGAGCUUCUUAGUAGCAUUGGAGAAGCUCUUAAGAAUAUUGCCCCCAUAACCCCCUGAGCUCACUGUCUCUUAGCUUUGAAUGAUUGAAUUGGAAGGGUCUCAUAAGUGAUGUUUAUUGUUAUCCUGUUUGGUCAUUGGCUUGAAGCCUAUGUCUUCAUGCUACACAAUGUCCUCAGGGGAAGAAGCCAAGGAGUCUUCUACUUCUCCUGUUGGCUUUUGAGCCUGCCACUUUGGUCAAAUCUCUAUUGUUUUUAAGUUGUCCCUUCUGUAAGACCUUAAUAAUACAAGAUUCUAAACAUUUUCAUCCUUCGGAUCUUUAAUUCAUCCUCAAAACUUUGGACAUUCUAAAAAUGUCCCUCUUUAUCCAGUUCUGAGAAUCUCGGACACUGUGAAUGUUUCAAGAUGAUUCAAAUGAUGACUUGAGAAGCGCAAUAUGCUGUUAGUGCCUCUUUUCUAUAAAUGUCUGUUACAAGAUCAUCGUUUCUCUUCUACUAAGUUGGAUCUAAAUACUGGACCUCCUUAGUAUAAAAUUAAGGCUAUUUUAGGAGUUGCCUCCUUUCCACUCAUUAAACAGACCACCUUUGUAUCUGUGCAUCCAUCAGCUUUUAAUGAAAUCUUUAUGGGUCACAAUACUAAAUUCUCACCCAACUCCAGUGUGGGACUGGCCUACCAGAGUACCAAGAAAACUCCCAGUCAACCCAGGUGUUGGUAAGUCCUCCUGUUUCUAACCAUUUUGGCUUAUUUCAUGGUCAUUCCCUAUUCGUGUAUGGGAACAUAGAGGCUAAAUAUCGACGGAUACAGUAUAGUAUGUAAAGAGAUUUGAAUAAUAAAGAAGUUGAAUGAA